AUGUCAACCGCAAACGGUACACUCGACGUGAUCGACGUCAACAAAUUCGGUCAAUUCACUUUCGACAAAAUCGAUUAUUUCGUUUUCACAACCAUGUUAAGCGCCUCGCUGCUAAUUGGCAUUUAUUUCGCUUUUUUCGGGCAUGGCGCGGAUAAUACGGAAGAAUAUUUACUCGGCGGUAAACGCAUGAAAACGAUACCGAUCGCCAUUUCGCUGAUUGCGAGUCAAUUGUCGGCGAUUUCGAUUAUGACAAUCCCCGCUGAGAUGUAUUCGUUUGGUAUGAACUGGUGUUUCAAUGUCGUCACAAUGAUAUUAAUUGUACCGUUACUUUGCUGGGUCAUUAUACCUGUGUUCUACAAUAAUAAUCUUUCGAAUUGUUAUGAGUACUUGGAGUUGCGCUUCAAUCGUGGAACACGGCAACUACUAACUUUUGGCUUUAUGUUUACUUUGUUUCUAAUGCUGCCGGUUAUCUUAUUCAUACCCUCUCUAGCUUUUUCACAAGGUUUGUAUAUGCAUAUGUAUGUAAAUAUUAACAUUUUUCUAAUGCCGCAUUUCCACUAUGCAUUGAAUGGAAAAAUUUCUAACGAAAAAAGUUGUUUAACAAAAAAUACCGGUAUCAUAUAG